AUGGUUGAGCAGCCGCAUCAACCACAAUGUAUGUCAGCACCACAACAAGAUUGUUUACUUCCACCAAUCCUGGACGGGAUUUCUCACUUCAAUGCGCCCCGCGAAAGUUAUUCGUUUGUACCAACCGAUGAAGUUCUUGUCACUUGUUACUUGAAACCGUAUUUGAAAGGCAACAAAGACUCAACUAUCAUUGUCCCUAUUAACCUUGUGGACAUAUACAAGUCCAACCCAGAAAAUCUUUCAGAAACAGAGGGAUUUAAGACGGGUAAUGAGAAGGAAUGGUUCUUUAUAUCGGAGAGGACUGACAUUGGUAAAGCUGGAGAAUAUAAGAAAUGUGGCGAAAAUGGAGGAUAUUGGAGAGUAGUAGCAUCUCCUAAGAAGAUUAAUGCUGGACAAGUGGUAGUCGGCUAA